UUCUAUCCGCCCCUUCACAAAAUUAGAUCAUUCGUGAAAAAAUCGCAAAAUUUACCCCUCAAAAUCGCUGAAAAAGGCUUAGUUUUCGAGUUAUGAGCUUUUUUUCAAACCAGAAUUCAGAAACAGAUUUAUGAUAUAUCAUUGAAAAGAGCUCACCAAGCACAUUCAAAAAACAUUUAAAUUAUAAUUUUAGCAUAAGUGAAACUUGCUGAAAAGUUGUUUCAAAAUUUCCAAUUUUCCUAUCUUUUAACAUAGGAAAUUUCCAAAUUUUUUCAGUUAUAUGCAAAUUAUAUGUUCAAUAGCUCAUUCGAUAGAACUUUUUAAGCGCUAUUGAAUGACAUCUUGAACGCGUCUCUGUGCUAUUUCUUCUUAGAAAAAUUUAUUAAUUUCAAAAUUUCGUUCUCUUUUUUCGAUUAUACCUGAUGAAAUAGUGUAUUGCAAACAUGUCUCAGGGUAUGGAUUCAGAUAACCUAAAUGAGCUUUUAUGGGACCAACAACUCGAUGACACUUUACCAAAUAUUGAUAACAUUUGCCAUUCGAUUGAUGAAUAUAUGCUUGCAGAUGAGGAUGAUGAAGUAUGCAUGCACAUAGAGCAUGUGAAUCUAGUGAAUGAAGCUAAUUACGAUGAAAUGAUGGAUGAUGAUGCUGAUGACAGUCUAUGCUUGCAAAACCUCUCUCAGCUCGCUCCAUCACAAUGUUUUGCUAAUUUAACACAAUCAACUUUACAAUCUCAAUCAUUUACACAAGCUUCAAUUCCUGAAAACUCCCAAGAUUUUGACCAAGAAAUGGAAAAUGAUGAAGAUGAUAGAUUAUGCUUGCAAAAUUUAUCACAACUAGCUCCAAUGAGUUACUUCAAUAACUUAGCAACUCAAUCAUCUCAGUCGUCCGAUUCCUCUCAAUCAACGCAAUCUUCAUCUUCCUCUGCCUCAUCACUAUCUUCUGAGUCGUCUGAUUCUUCGCAAUCAACUCAAUCUUCCUCUUCCUCUGCCUCAUCACUAUCAUCUCAGUCGUCUGAUUCUUCGCAAUCAACUCAAUCUUCCUCUUCCUCUGGCUCAUCACUCUCUUCUGACACGUCUGAUUCUUCUCAAUCAACUCAAACUGCUAACUCUAGUUGUUCAGGUUGCUGUUCUACCUGCUCUAACUGUUCGUAUGGUUCGUUGUCUGAUACAACACAGGACGAACUAAUUGAUGCUGAAAUUGAAUCACAUCAGCGUGGCGGAGGUAGUCCUGAUCAUACACCGGUGAUAGCAUCAAACGAAAUCGCGUUUGAAGUUAUCGAUGAGCAGCCAUGGAGAAAUAACCCAGUAUUCCAUUCAAUGACAAAAGUAUUGAGGGCUCGUCUGAAUAAUGGAGGUACAAACGGGGUUGACAUUGCGAGACUAUCACAAGCAAUAGAUACAGCAUACGAAAAUUUUGUUUCUGCCCUCAUAAGAGAUGCAGGCGAAAAUGAUAGAAUAUACAUCACAUUCAGAAAUCCCCAGGAAAACAGAGAGCUUUACGUUUCUUUUCUCAAAAAGAAUUUCAACCCUCAAGAAUUCCUCGACAGAGCAUAUGCCCUUGCACAGUCAGCAGGUAAUUUCUUAGACGAUGGCGUGAUGGAGAUAAAAAUACAAAUCAUCAAAUGCAUUUCUGGAGGGGCUAACCGAUCUGUUUCACGCCUUAUGACCGCAAAUGCAAGAGUUAAUGUUAAACGUUCCAUUUUAGAAAUCGUAAAUGAUGAUAAUCUUUGCGGAUACUUAGCAAUUGCUGUGGGAAAGUUCAAUGUAGACAAGAAAUCAUCUACAGAAAUGAACAGAUGGAAGAGAAUCAGACAAUCUUUACCCGCACAGAAAAAAAUAGCAGCUGAGCUUUUCAAUCAAUUGAAUUUUGAAGUUAAUGGGGAAAUGAACAUCAACAAAAUAGCUGAAAUUCAGAAUAUCUUGAUUGAUUACCAAAUUGUGGUUGUAGAUCAACGAACGCAGCUGAAACUUUUCGCAGGACCCUCUAAAGACAAGAAAAUAAUUCUUGAAUACUCUGAACCAAGCCACUUUAACACCAUCACCAGUCUCAAUGGCUAUAUGGAGUGUAAUGGGUUCUGCAUCCGAUGUUGGGUUAAAAUAAAUGAAGAACAGCAUUUUUGUAAAGGAAGUUGUAAGAAUUGCAACUCACUCACACCAUGUCAACUAGCUAGUGAAAUAACUUGCGAAGUCUGUCAUGUUGACUUUGUUUCUCAACAUUGUUACGAUGCACAUAUUGCAAACAAUAUCUGUGCUCAAAAGAAAAAAUGUGAAAAGUGCUGGAUAAUUUACAGGCUGGGAGAUGAACAUGAAUGUGAUCGCUACGUUUGCAAUAUAUGUAGCGUUAGAUACAGACACUCACCUCAUUAUUGUUUCAUCAAACCUGCAAAUCUAGAAUAUUUCAAGGAAAUGGAUGCUCAACCUAGCGUUUUGAUUUGUUAUGAUAUUGAAUCAAUGCAAGUAUCUCCGGAGCCUUCGACAAACUCAUCAAACUCUCUUCACAAACCUAACUUGCUCAUCUCAGCAACAGUUUGCACAAGUUGUUUGAAUGCUGAAACCCUAACUAAAACUAAUGCUUGUGAUGUUUGUGGUGUUUUUGAGAACGUUUGGUAUGGAGAGCAUUGUAUCAAAGCCUUUUGUGACUAUCUCUACAAUGAAAUUAUUCCUAAAACUAAAGCAAAAAACAUGGCGGUAACUGUCAUUGCACAUAAUCAAAGAGGUUACGAUGGUCAUUUUAUAAUGCAAGAUUUCUUUCAAAGACAAUUUCAAUUGAUCCCUGAUGUUAUCAUGUGUGGUUCCAAGAUAAUGUACACGCAGAUGGAAAAUUUGCGAUUCGUAGAUUCUCUUAGUCUCUUCAUGCAGCCGUUAGCUUCUCUUUGCAAAUCGUUCAACAUAAAUGAACUCAAAAAAGGGUAUUUCCCUCACAAGUUCAACACACCUGAACAUCAGAGCUAUGUUGGCCCCUUUCCUUCAAAAGAAUUUUAUGAACCCCAGUUUAUGAAGCCUGAAAAUAAAACAGCUUUCGAAAAUUGGUACAAUCAUGAAGCAUCAACCGUCACCGAAUUCGAUUUCAAAAAAGAAAUAAUUGAAUACUGUAGAUCAGAUGUUCAAAUUUUACUGACGGCAAUUCUAAAAUUCGUGAAGCUUUUCUCUUCAAUAACUGGUCUAAAUCCAAUCACGAGAAGCUUCACACUUGCUUCUGUUGCAAUGGAAGUAUUUAGAGCUAAUAUGCUUCCAUCUUUCACACUUGCUAUCACACCUGUUUUAGGAUAUGCAAAUAGAAUGCAAUCCAAAGUUGGAAAUGCCUGGUUAGAUUUCAUGCAGAAGUUUCACCGAAAUGAAAUAAAACGUGAAUAUCGUCUGGGUCCCUACUAUGCUGAUGGUUUCAUUCCCUACACGAAACAAGUUUUUGAGUUCUGGGGAUGUUAUUAUCAUGGCUGUGUACAAUGUUACCCUGACAGAAACAGUAAUGUUGUCAUAAACGGCGAAGAAAAAUGCGUGAAUGAUCUUUAUAACCGAGUUUUAAAAAAGAAGCUCUAUUAUGCUCAUAGAGGUUAUACUCUGCAUGAACUUUGGGAACAUGAAUUGGAUAAAAAUGAUGCAUACAUCAAGUCAAGAUUGAUAUUCUACCAAACCAUUAAAGUAGUUGGUCCAAUUGAUAUUCGUGAGAGUUUCUAUGGUGGACGGACAAAUAACAUCAAAUUCUAUCACAAAUGUUCAGAUAAUGAAGUGAUUAGAUAUCUAGACUUUACAUCGCUCUAUCCGUUUGUUCUGCGUCAAUUUGACUACCCGCUAGGUCAUCCAAAAUUAAUUCAAGAAGAUUUCAAAACUGUUGACGAUUAUUUUGGAUUCAUCAAAUGCAAAGUAAUUCCACCCUUGAAACUAAAUAUUGGUGUUCUUCCGAUGCGGAUAUCUAAAAAGCUGAUAUUUCCACUCUGUUUCAAAUGUGCAAAUGAUUCUGUUCAAACUUCAUGCUCGCAUAGUGAAUUGGAGAGAGCUAUGAUCAGUACAUGGACAUCAAUUGAAUUACAAGAGGCCGUUAAAUAUGGCUACAAGAUUGUGAAAAUCUAUCAAGUAUUAGAUUACAAAGUUAAUAAAGGUCCAUCGAUUUUUGCUAACUACGUAAAGAUGUGGUUAAAAACAAAACAAGAAUCAAGUGAUUGGCCAUCAUGGGUGCAAAACCAAGAAGAUAGAGAUAAAUACAUUCUCGAUUACAAAAAUGCAGAAGGUAUUGAGUUAGAUAGCAAUGCUAUUGAAAAGAAUCCCGGAAGAAGGAGUAUAGCAAAGCUCAUGCUUAACAGUUUCUGGGGUAAAUUAGCUCAAACAACAAACCUUCCACAGACUGAAUUCAUCCGCAAUUACGCUGAUUUAUGGUCCAUCAUAAACAAUGAAGAGAAGGAAAUAUUAGGCAUUCAUGAAGCCUCUGAAAAGAUAAUGAUGGUACAGCACCGAUAUUGCAAAGAUUCUCAAGAGAAAAUUUUACCCGGAAAGACAAAUAUUGCUGUUGCUAGCUUUGUCACAGCAUACGCACGUAGGGAGCUUUUUCGCUUGAUUCAAAAGAUUGAAGCAGUUCGUGAGGGACGAGUUCUCUACUUCGAUACUGAUUCUGUUGUCUUUGUUGAAAAAGAUGGUGAUCCUCUGAUUCAAUGUGGGGACUAUCUAGGCCAAUUGACUGAUGAGAUUGACCCCGGUUGGAAAUGUAAUUUGUUUGUUACCCUUGGUCCAAAAAAUUACGCUUAUCAAGUAGUCAACGCAUCGGGGCAAACCAAAAGCAACAUUAAAGUCAAAGGCAUUAAGCUUUCUUCUGGAGCCUUAGAUAUUAUCACAGUCCAGAGAUUGGUUCAAAUGGCCGAGCAAUAUAUUCACGGUAAUCAAGACCAAUUUAAAGUUGCUCAAACAAACAUAGUGUCGAAUAAAUUCACUCAUCAAGUUACAACGCGAAAUUUCGAUAAGAUAUACAGAGCAGUUUCCGAAAAAAGGAGGAUCAUUGGAAAUAACACAAGACCAUACGGUUAUGUAGAUUAAUUUAUACCUUGUAUAUAUUCUAUUUGUCGCAAUAAAUGUUUAAAUAAAAGCAAACACAAAAGGAAAAUAGUGAAAUUAAUUUCAAAACAAGUAGAUACUUUGUGCAUAACUUGGAAAACUUAUAAACAAAUCGAGGAAAGGUUCUUGCGCAUGUCUAUUGAAUUAACAUGCAAAAUAGGGAUAAGUUUCGCGCAAAAGCAGGGAAUAGUUGAAACAAUGCGGAGGUUGUUUCAAUGUAGCUAAAGGACAAAUUAGGCGUCAAUCGAGGCUCAAAUGUGCGCAAACACAGGCCCCGCCUUUUCGUACCAGAUUAAGAAGAAUACAUUCUGAGCAUGCUUAUUCAGGUUGUUCAUGGUUACAGACCAGGUUUUUUGUAUAAAAGUGACAGUUUCAGCAGUAUGAAAAUCAUUAUUCUACUAGACUUCAAACCACAAACAUCAACUCACUUCAUAAUUAGUACUUGACUAAACCAAUAACUAAAAAAAAAUGGAAGCUUUACUAAACAACAUUGCUGAAAAAUCAUCAAAGUCUAAAAAACAAAAUAACAUGAUGAACACUUCAUUCUUUAAAGUUGACAAAAAUGAUGCUGCGGUGACGUGUUUUUCUAUUGAAGAUGAUUCAUACAAAUUUAAAGUACAAGACAAAUGGUAUAACAGCGUUUUAGGAUACAUGCAAUCUCAAAGCAAGGAUGCAGAAGAAUCCAAACUUUUUGAGCUGCUGACAAUCGGAUGUCAUGCCAAAUUCUCUGCAUCAUGGUCAUUAAAAGCUAAACUUCUUGCGAGUGGAGCUAGAGUCAUCGUAGCAUACGAUGCUGAUGAAAAAGUUUUCUCUUGUGGGUGUGCAGUCGAUGAUCCUGCAUCAGAUUCACCUUUCCUUUGGUCUGGCAAAAACUUAUUAGGAUAUGCAUUGAUGCAUGUAAGAUGUGCAUUAAAAGAUGAAUGGAAACGGGAAAAUAUCGAUGCACAAGGCAAUCGAAUCAAGAAACAAAAAACCAAUUAAACAUAUAAAGGUUUACUAAAAGUAUUCUGUAAAAGUUUUUUUGAUACUCCUUGAUUCAAAUAAAUAAUAACUUUGAUAAAAAAUGGUUGAUAACGAAAAUUAUUUCAAGUUUUUACAUCCUUUUACUUGUAUCGUAGCAGGUCCUACAUCUAGUGGUAAAACUGUUUUAGUAGAAUCACUCAUAAAAAAUCAUAAAUUCACGUUUUAUAAAUUCAAACCACAACCAAAAGUUCUUUGGUGUCAUGGUCAAAUGCAAGAUAGAUACAAUACACCAUCAAUGAUUCAGUAUCAUGAAGGAUUGAUAGAAGAUCCAUCAGGAUAUGAUUUGAUAGUGAUAGAUGAUUUGAUGAAUGAGCUUGGAGGGGAUAACAAGCUAUUGAAUCUAUUCACGAAAGGAAGUCAUCACAUGAAUAUCAGUGUAAUCUUCAUCGUGCAGAACAUUUUUCACCAAGCAAAAAAUAUGCGAGGAAUAAGUUUAAAUUGUCAGUAUCUGAUAAUCAUGAAGAAUCCGAGAGAUAAAUCUCAAUUUCAUUUCUUAGCUCGUCAAAUUUAUCCUACAAAAAGUAAAAAGCUGAUCUGCGCAUAUGAAGAUGCAACUAAGGAUCCUUUUAGCUAUUUAAAGAUUGAUCUAACUCCAACCACUCCAGAAAACUUGAGAGUUCAAACCAACAUAGUUCAAAAAUCGAAUAAUCACGACUACACUGUCUAUGAAAUAUGAUUUCUUCUGAUUUACAAGAGUGUUUACCCAUCAUAAAGAUCCUCCCCAAAAUCAGAGGUGUUGCUCUACGUAAGCAGUUUCUUUCAGACCAAUAUAAAAACGAUCGCAAGAUAUAUAAAGCAUUAAAGGAAAUCGUUACGAAUGUUGUACAUAAAAAUAUCACAUUAUCAGAUGCGUGUAAAAAGAGUCUGUUAAGAUUUAAGCGUGCUAUAAUAGAAUUUAUUCAUGAUAAAAAUAAAAAACGUGAAAAGAAACAUUUGAUACAAUCAGGAGGUUAUAUACAUUUCAUGAUACCAGCUGUACUUGAACUAUUAUCUUCCGUAUUAUCCGAUGGAGCCUCUUAAAAAAAUUUACAAAGUAGGCUCAAAAAGCAAGAACAAUCAAGACGGGAACGGAUUAGAUUGCUCAUCCAUAAGUUUUUGUAAAAUCAAUCAUAUCAUCGAAAUAGCAUUGAAACUUGCUGCCAACUCUUGUUAUGACUCAAAUAAGCGUUUAGUUUUCAAUGGAUCUCCACUAAACGGAACUGAUAUUGCUGGUCUCGUAGCGAUUGCGAUGUCUAAUGCUAAAAAUAAUAACAAACAAAAAGGAAUAUCAGAAUUCGUCUAUGUCUUGAAAAAGAUAGGUAUUGAUUCUAACUGGAUGAAAAUA